GAUAACUGAUUUUGACAAUAUUAAAAGAAGAUUGUAUUUGUCAACGGUCCACAAGGUGUUGUCUGUAACCCCUCUGCAUGCAAAGAUUCCUCUCUUUAUGAUCAAGCGCAAAAUAUGGUGUAAUAUGUGUAUUGACUUGGUAACAUUUACCUAUGAAAUAUUCAGAGGAGCUCUCUUCCGGUCUUUGGAUGGAAUUAUUAUUUCAGCUAACUGUAAGCUAAGAAAGAUCUUCACUUUAAAAUUCAAGCCGCAUGAUACAACUGGAGAAGGUACAUGCAUUGUUUCACCUGGGCCAUAUGAGGCUUCAGAUGAUAUUCCUCCAACCUGCCAGCUCAAUUCUGAUGUCCCACAAGUUACACAAGUGCUGAAUAUAAAUGAAAUUCUCAAGCCAGAAAUAAAAUGUAGGGAAAAUGCAGUGCAAGAAACAGGUAUCUUGGGUAAUAGAGCCCAAAGCAACAUAUGCAACAGUAAAACUCAGGAUGUAUCACACAUUGCAUUUGGGUCAAAGAUCCUUGGGCCACCUCCAUCUUCAAACAGAAGAACCAAAGCAAAGGUACCUGUAAAGGUAACAAAGACAUUGGGUAGCAAAACAUCAUGCCAGCUUCAAAAUUCAGGAAUGCCAACUGAAUCCAUACCAGAUACUGAGAAACUGGAGCUACCACUCCGGCCGUGCAGUGAUACUUUAGAUCAAGGAGGCAAAAGAAAUACUCUCCAAACAACUGAAAAUGAAUACCAAAAUGACCCUGAAAUUCAGACUCAGAAAAUAUCUGUGAGUGAAGAAGCAGAUUUUCAGCUCACCGCACCACAAAUACCAUCACCAGACAAAAACAUUCAUAGAAUAUUAUCUCUAAAAGAUGAAGCCAAACCUACAUGGAAGAUAACCAGUGAUAAAUGGGUCUUUCCAGAGAGGUUUACUGAGAGUAUCCAGUUGGAUAGGGAGGAGCACUUUGGAGCUACUGGAAGUUCAGCCUGCUCUAAUUUACCCUCAGCCCAGAAUGCCUCUGUUGAACAACACAGCAGGGAAACAGCUGAUCAUCACAGGAGUAAAAAAGAGGUUUUCACAUUUUCAUCAAAACCUCGAUCAGCUCCUUACGGAAAGUCUCCAAAUAUAUCACCAGAAAGUUAUGUUUUCCCUUUGAAAUUGGAGCCAGACAGUAAAGGAGAAUAUGAGAAUACUGAAACUGAAAACAGCUUUGAAGGAACUGACAGCAGUGAGGAGGAUGACAACAGUGAACUCAUCCAGGGUACUGAGAACAUUGAGAACAUCCACAGUAGACAAGGAACAUCUGAUUCAGCAGUUUUAAAAGACAUCCCAUUAAAUAAGAUGUCACAGAGAAAUGAAUACUGGAAGAAUAAGGAACACGGCAAAUAUAACUUCAAAGAGGACAUCUUAUCAAAACCACAGAGUUCCACUAUGGGAAAAACAGAAUCUAUCAGCUUUCAGAGAAGUUUAAAGCCUAUCCUUUCUCUUUCUCCAAUUCAAAGUAGAUCCAAAUCCUUUAGAGUAAUUAGAAAUUUAUCUGAAGAAACUGAAAGAUAUGAAGGAGUUUCAGAUCAAUUAGAAAGAUCUGUCAGUAAAACAUCUCUCAAGAAAGUCUCUAAAGGAAAUUCAUGUCUGACAGCACAGACUUGUGAGUAUGACAGGAAAAAGUACCAGUCAAAUAGACUGAGUUCAUCUGAACUACAGAUGCUGGCCAGCAUGAAGAACCAACAAAAAGAAUUAUGGGAUGCUGGAAUCUCCCAUGGGCUGAACGCCUCAAAGAGCAAUUGCUGCAAUGUCAACAUAAGUAUAAGCAGUGAUGAUGAUACAGCAACCUGGAACUCUUGUUUCCCUUCACCCGUCAGUCAGGAGCAUCACUAUCAGAAAGAAAUGAGCCCACUUUCUCAUUCCAGCCCACGGGAUUGGUUAAAUGAGUCUAGUCCCCCUAUCAUUCCUGGAAGCACUGAAUCUUCAACAAAACAGAGAACUUCAGAUACUCAGAAAAACCCUCUUGACUUAUUCUUACUUUCUCAACUUCACACAGGUGAAGAUCACCUCAGUGCUGAAGAAGACGAGGAAGUUUUGACUCUUUUGUAUGAUCCCUGUCUGAGCUGUUACUUUGACCUGAAUUCCAGGAAUUACUAUGAAUUGGUAUAG